UCUUUUUGUGGCAACAAGUUGUCGCACGUUGUUUUUUUUUCGCCAAGUGAGCAAUAUAAUAAUUUGUUUGAUCUUUUAAUUACACUGCAAAGGUUAAAGCUUAAAGUGACGUGGCUUUUUCUUGGCAACGCAGCCGCUUAACUUUUUUGCAAGAUAAAAUUUGGGAUUUAUACCAAAAAACGUGGUGGACGCUCAUACGCAGGAAUAAUUUUACUGAAGUUUUAUUUGUGGGCAGAAAAUUUCGGAAAAUAUGACUGCCAGGAAAUUGAACUUGGACCACCCUGACUCGGACUAUGUCAACGACCUGAUGCACAACAGCAUUGUCCAGCACAACAAUAACAUCCCUCUGAACUCCUACAGCUUGAUCAAUGUCUUCAAAAUUGACGAUCCAAUGCGCUCCAGCAAGUUCUGGGACCGCAUCAAGCGGAUGAAGAGGAAGCUUGGAAUGUUCCAAGAGAUCAAUGUCCUCUUCCAUGGCACACCGAAGGCUUGGGACAUCAUUGAAGACGGCUUCAACGUCGCCCACUCGAGUGAAGAGAACAUGUUUGGCAAGGGCGUCUACUUCACGGACAAGUCGUCCAAAGCAAACCAGUACUCUUGGGGCGCCAACCAGGGCUGUCCUCGGCACAACGACAUCGCCUGUGACGUCUGCGUGCGCAGGAUGCUCAUCUGCAAGUGCUCGAUGGGCCGCAAGUUCAAGCCUUCCUACCCCAAAGAGCCCGUCCCUCCUGGACACCACAGUGUCGAAGCUGACCCACACUCCAAUGGGGACAUUGCGCGCUUCCUUGUGCACCCAGAGUUUGUCUUCUUCAGCAAACACCAAGUUCUGCCUUUGUACCUUGUCGAGUACAGAAUAAAACUGAAGAGACAAGGCCGAUACGUCUCUCCUCCUCCGCCAUUUGGGCGCCCAGUUCCUGUUCCAAGAUACAACUAUUCUCAGUCCUCCUCCUCGGGAAGCUCUCGGGGACCAUCUUACCAAAGCAGCUACCGUUCUCAGCCUGUCUACGAUUCGUCUUCCUCUGAUGAGGAUGAGUACUACUACUAUUAAGGAAUCUUUGUCUUCCUUGUCUUGAGAGAGAGAAAGAAAGAUUUAGUGGCUUACAUUACUAGAAGCAAUGCCCAAAUUUAGAAACAUAAGAGGAGUUUAAAAUCAAAACAACUGCAAUUUUGCAGAUCAGUUAGUUUCUUUUGAAAGCAUAAUUGAAAGAUGUAUGGUGACUCUGAUCUGAGUCUUGUUCCUUUUUCUGAAAGCAGAGGGGGGAAAGUAAAAUAAAAUGCUUUCAAGUGAAUUCCUAAUUUACUCAGUAAUUUCCUCCUGCUGCAUAAUUGAUCUUAAAAUGGAAAUAGUUAAUUUUAAUGAGAAAAAAUAAACUUGUGUACAAUUUUUAUGAAACAAUAUUAAUGAAUACUAUAAUGUCAAUUAUCUCCACUGUGUCUUUGUGCAUUUGUUAUUGAUUUAUACAAAAUAAUUAAAUCACUAUUAUUAUGUAAAAUAUUUUUCCUCAUAAAGAAAUAUGUUAAAUCAAAUCAAAUUGCUCAUGGAAAAUUGCUUAAAUUGGCUGAAACAGGAAAGCACCUGACUAAACUUUUGAGCAGCAUUUAUAAUUAUGCUAUUCACUCCCAAGUUGCUAAGUGCCUCCUCCCAAUAUUACCAAUUUUAAAAUUUAAUACCAUUGUAAGUAAACCAAUAUAUUUUGGUACGCAAUUCUCACUAAAAUUAUGUUAUUUUAAAAGCGAAGGCUAAACUUUACAGCCGCAAUCGAUUCCAUGUGCAGAUAAAGAUGACAAUAAAGAAAUUAUAUGAA